GCCGGGAGCCGUGUCCGCCCCGCGGGGCAGGUGCGGAGCGGCCCGCGGGAACUACAUGUCCCGGGAUGCCGCGGGGCUCGGGCGGCGCGGGCGCGGCGGCCGCGGGGGCGUAGCGAAGAUGGCGGCGGGGGCGCUGCGCCCCGCUCCCGGCUGAGGCGCGGCGCUGCUCCCUGCGCCUCAGUGCGGCGGCGGCGAUGUCGGAGCCGGAGCACCUGGGCGGGAAGCGGGCCGAGUCGGCGCGGCUGCGGCGGGCCGAGCAGCUGAGGCGCUGGAAGGGCUCCCUGACGGAGCAGGAGCCGGUGGCGGAGGGGGGUGGCCGCGGCCGGCACCGUGGUGCCGGAGGGUCCCGCGUCCGCUUCGAGGAGGGCGCCGUUUUCCUGGCCGCCUGCUCCAGCGGGGAUACCGAGGAGGUGAAGCGUCUGCUGGGCCGCGGCGCCCGCAUCAACACCACCAACGUGGACGGGCUGACAGCCCUGCACCAGGCCUGUAUAGAUGAGAACCUGGACAUGGUGAAGUUCCUUGUAGAAAAUGGAGCCAAUGUGAACCAGCAAGAUAAUGAGGGCUGGACCCCUCUUCAUGCAGUGGCAUCGUGCGGCUAUCUGAACAUAGCAGAGUACUUAAUUAGUCAUGGAGCACACGUGGCUGCUGUGAACAGCGAAGGUGAAGUGCCGUCUGACAUCGCAGAGGAAGUAGCCAUGAAGGACCUGCUUCUGGAACAAGUCAAGAAGCAAGGUGUAGACCUAGAUCUGGCAAGGAAAGAAGAGGAGCAGCAAAUGCUACAGGAUGCCCGACAGUGGCUGAACAGUGGGAGAAUUGAAGAUAAAAAGCAGCCUCGAACAGGUGCCACAGCUCUGCAUGUUGCUGCGGCAAAGGGCUAUUCUGAAGUCAUGAGGCUCUUGAUCCAGGCUGGGUUUAAUUUGAAUGUCCAGGACAAUGACGGCUGGACACCGCUCCAUGCUGCUGCACACUGGGGAGUGAAGGAAGCUUGUUCCAUCCUGGCUGAGGCACUUUGUGACAUGGACAUCAGGAACAAGCUGGGCCAGACACCAUUUGACGUGGCUGAUGAGGGACUAGUUGAGCAUUUAGAAAUGCUGCAGAAGAAACAGACUGUGUUGCGAAGUGAGAAGGAGACGAGGAAUAAGCUCAUUGAAGCCGACAUGAAUGGCAAGCCCCGAAGCAGCCUCUUCACCAACAAAGAGAAGAUUCUUUAUGAGGAAGACACACUGAAGUCCAUGGAAAUGGAGGAAGAGAACAAAGACUCUAGCAGUUCUAGUUCUGAAGAAGAGGAAGAAGCUGAAGAAGAUGAAGUUUCAGAAUCAGAUGCUGAAAAAGAGUCAGAAAGGAAGGAAGAGCCCUUUGCCAACCACUCCAGCCAUGAAACCAGGCCUAGCAUCACUGAGCAAAUACCACCACCCGAGCCCAACUCCUUCACUGCAUCUGCCAGAAGAUUCAGUUGGCUCAGCAAGUCAGAUGAACAGAAGGAUGAGUCACCUUCAUCCUGGCGGCUGGGACUACGGAAGACUGGCAGUCACAACAUGUUGAGUGAAGUCGCUGCUACUCGUGAGGCACAGAGAGAUAAGACUCCUAUCUAUCGUUCUUCCUCAAGUCCUCGCAUAUCUGCAUUGUUAGACAACAAAGAAAAGGAUAAAGACAACAAGAGCUAUCUUGCCACAAUAGCCCCCAGAAGACUUAGCAGCACAAGUGAUAUAGAAGAAAAAGAAAACAGGGAAUCAGCUGUUAACCUGGUGCGGAGUGGCUCUUACACCCGGCAGCCGUGGAGGGAUGAAUCAAAGGGGAAUGAAGCUCCCCAUUCUGGUGCACCUACUACCUAUGUAUCUACCUACUUGAAAAGUGCUUCAUUUGGUAAAAGUAGUGACCUCAGCAGUCCCUACAUUUCAGCCAGUCGCAAUACAUCUCUAGCUACCUCACCCACUGCCAUUGGUUCAUCAUCUACCUCAUUGGGCACCCCGUGGCAACCUGUCUCUUCCUGUCCCACAUCUCUCGGUGCGAACACUACUUCAUCAGCCCGCCAGUAUACCAGAGCCCCUUUCAGGCAACAAACUGAUUCUGCUGUAGAGAAAAAUACAGAGGGCACCUCUGCUAGCACCCCCCUAGGUGUAAUCACAAAUCGUGCUAUACUCGGCUCUGCUAAUGGUAUUGCGAAGGCCGCUGCUGCCUCAACUACAGGAAAGGACUGCUCAGCUGAGGAAGCCAGGGAGCGCAGAAGGUCAUACCUGACUCCAGUGCGGGAUGAGGAAGCAGAGUCACUGAGGAAGGCACGAUCCAGGCAGGCCCGGCAGACUCGCAGGUCUACACAGGGUGUGACACUGACAGACCUUCAGGAGGCAGAGAGAACCUUCAGCCGCUCUCGGGCAGAGCGGCAAGCUCAGGAACAGCAGAGCGAGAAGGCCGAGAGCACGGAGCCUGCAGAGGACAACAGUGAGAGGCAGGAGACCCGGUCACGGUGGAGCAGAAACACAGAUGAGGAGAGUGUCUAUCGGCGACUGAGGUGCCCAGUACAACCAGACAAACCUACGACACCUGUAUCUCCUUCCACAUCAGCACCUCUCCUUUAUACAAGUUCAUACCUGACUCGAACAAAUAAGUAUCUAGGUCUUGACUCUGUGAAUCCAGCAGAUUUCAGAGGUGCAGAUACAGAAAUGGAGAAAAAUGAGUGUGAAGAUCAGGAUUUAGACGACAGAUCUGCAAAUAAACAGUCGAUCCGAGAGAGGCGGCGGCCAAAGGACAGGCGAAGAGGCACUGGCAUCAUUUUCUCAACAAAAGAUGAUGAUGAAGAAGUUGAUGGAAAUGAGGAAGUGAAGGAAACUCGGCAUGAGAGACUUUCCAGGUUGGAGGCAGCAACCAACCCUGCCACCAGUGACUCCUCCUACAGCGACCGUGCCUCCAGCCGCUCCAGUGCCUACACCCGCAGGGAGAACCGGUUAGCAGCCCUCAGCAGAGCAGAAGAGGAGAGCAACAGGGACUAUAAAAAAUUAUACGAAAGUGCCCUGUCUGAGAAUCAGAAACUGAAGUCAAAGCUGCAAGAAGCCCAGCUGGAGUUGGCUGACAUCAAAUCCAAGUUGGAAAAAGCAGCCCAGAAACAGGAGAAAACUUGUGACCGGUCCAGCAUGCUGGAGAUGGAGAAAAGGGAGAAGCGAGCCCUGGAGCGGAAACUCUCUGAAAUGGAAGAGGAGAUGAAGAUUUUGAUGGAGCUGAAGUCAGACAACCAAAGGCUGAAGGAUGAGAAUGGAGCCCUUAUUCGUGUCAUCAGCAAGCUUUCCAAAUAGGAAGCCCCAGCAAAGGCAGGACGAAGAGGGGUGCCCUGUGCCAGCUGCCAACCCCACCGCCCAGCCCUACCCCCCUCUCUUCCUCCUGUCACGUACAGCAAACGUUUUCAGCCAUGGGAUCAACCUGUCACACCUGCCUUGCCCUGUCCUUUGCUGUACAUUCCCUUCCUGUCCUUAUUUCCCCCACAACACACACCCCUGCCAUUUUAUUACUUUUAAUUUAAGCAUGUUGUGGUAUCUCGGACGUUUUAUUCAAGGGGGAAGAGAAACGGGAAGGACUGGCUGCCAAAACUUCCAGAAGCCCAGUGUUUGGUGUUGGACUCUGAUCUGGAGUAGGUAGCUCCUACUUUAGAAAGAACUAAUCCAGCACAUCCAGGCCCUUUACAGGUGGGAAACGUGAGUGUGGGCUGGGACUCUGCAGAUGCACAUCAGCCCACCCGAGACGUUGGGACUGGUUAAGAUGUGAUGCUGUGAAAGCCACCAGCACUGAUUUCUGUAGCAGGCUGGCGACAGCUGCUUUGCACAGAGACUUUCUGCUCCUUUCACCCUAGUAGACCAAGUCUUUAAUUCAAUACAAGACUUCAGAGCUGUUCAGUAGCAGCUCUGACUCUCGGUGUCAGACCCCUCACCCUGCCUGUCCACUGCAGCCUGGGUGAAUCGAUCACACCCUGUCCUUCCAGGGCUCCUGUCUCCGUAAGUAGCAUCUGCUAAUUGCAUCUGGACUCUUGCUCCUCAGGACAGGAUGUGUCAAGGAGACUUGCCAAGCUUUCUGAAGGACAGUCUUGAAACCCCAGAGACCCUUGGCUGCUUUCACACACAGACACGUGGGAAUCACCUUGCAGGGAGCUGUGCCCACACCUGAAAGCUGCCUCUCCCUCCUGACAGGCAUCUGGGACAUUUUCCUGCUGUUUUCAUGAAGGCAGAAGCCCACAGAGGAGGCUGCUCUGGUGCUGCAGGUACCUCACCUUGGUUUGCAGCAGGAGGCUGACCAAGUGAAAGGCAGCACUGGCUGGUUUGUAGAGAGGCCCAUCCCACUGUGCUGGUGAAGGAGCUGCAGCUGCCUUCCGAGGCAGGGGAGCGUGAAGCAGGGAUCAGUUGUCCUCCCACAUGCCUUGGGAAGGAGCAUUGGUGUCAGAGGGGCAAGGAGCUGCCUGUGUAACUGUGUCACUAGGAUGAAAGUCUUCUAAUCUUUCAAAAGCUUGCAGUAAGCCUUGACCUUGAAGGAAACCUCCAAAAAAAACCCCCCUCUCUAAUGUUAUAAAUACUCAGAACAGUUUGAAAUUGUUCUCUCUGUGGGCAUUGAGACAGUGGCUCCUCUGUGCUGUGGGAUUCUGAUGAUGGCAGCAGUAACCUGUCAUCAGCUCUGUUGAGCUUCCCCUUCAACAGACUUCUCUCCAACGACACCUUCCCUUGCAGACACUUCUGGCUGUAUCCAAACCACUUUCCCAUCUACAUCUUUCCAUAUUUAUCCAUUUCCUUUGUCCUUUGAUUUCCCUGACCUGUCUGGCUGGGAGUCUCAGUCUCAGUCAUUGAACUCAGAGGUUGCCAUGAAGAAUUGGAGCCACCUCUGCUGACUGUGGGCUCGUGGCUCCCACCAGGCCAGUGGGAAUCUCUGCUAUGAGAAGUAGAGAAGAUACUUGAACAUGAGCUUAGUCCUUGAGCUUGCUCAACAGGGGAAGAUUUAUCUCUAUGAGUCAAUCCUGGGCUUUUUGGAACCUUUUGCUGGUUAUUGCUUGAGAAAACACGUUUCUUUUCCUCACCCUUGGGCUUUUUUUUCCCCUUUGGUUUUGGGGUGGUUCAUGUUUUUCUGACUCUCCAUUUUGCCCUCCCCUGUCCUGGCUGUUUCCACCUCUCUGGCUCUUCCUAGAGCUGCCAGUUUCCCCCUCUUCCUCUUCCACCACUCUUCAGCCAGUGGAGCAUGAACUGCCGUGUCUCCUGGUACACUGAGGCCCUUCCUCUGCUGCUGUGCUUUGGGGAGGAAGAGACCAAAGCUGGUAAUGGCAUCAGGGUUUCUGCAGAGCACUGCCUAAGCCAGGCAUCCUUUUUUGUAUUACUUCAUUUUAACCCUGCUAUAUUUAACAGCUUUAAGUCUUGAGAUCUGGUCAAUGCUUCAUCUGCACGCUGUUCCCACCUGGUGCACUCGUUAUGUCAGUACUUUUGCAGUUCUUGCUGUGUUUUUCUCUUGAUGACCCACUCCUUGCUUCAGACUUGGGCUUGCUCAGCUCUAAACAGGAGCCCAGUCCCUCUGUGCCAUGUGAAGACCCUCCCUCACCUGCUGGAGCUGCUGGUGCUUGGUGCAGCCAUCACCUGGGGCUCAGGUGCUGCAGCCCAGCAGGACGAGGGGCGAGAUCCCAGACUAAAGGUCCUGUUCUUCUCCUGAGGCAGGUUCCUGGCAGUGUGAAGAAGCCUGGUAUCUGUUUUAGAGAGAGGGUUCAACCCAAUCUGACAAAUCCAUCCUGCACUGAUGUUUUGGCCCUUCCUACCAGGACUUGCUGCAUCUGAUCCUAAGGAGCAGCAUGCAAAGGGUGCAGAAGGUUCCGUUCCUCUGCGUGGCACCUUGCAAAGCCAAACCACUUCACAUGAAGUGGCUGCUUAGCGCUGGAUUAUUCCCCAUGAACUCCUGACUAGGGUCAGGGGAACCUGCCAACAGUUUAGGCUCGCUGACUAGACCAAGCUGUGAGUAUUCUGUGAUGACAGUGCAAAACCAGAUCCUUGAGACUGUUUCAGUCUCCCCAUUAAGCUGGACACAACCAGUGCACUGAGGAGGCAGCAACUGGGCCACUUUGUGCUCCGUGCCUGGCACAGAGUGCAGAGCAAGUGGUUUUUAAAACUGAUCCCUCUUUGAACCAGAGCAUUUGCCAGACGUGGUCUCCACUGGAGAGCACAAGCUUUUCUUUUCUAAGCAAUUGCUUGGGGUGAAUUCAUUUUUACUGCUUGGGGUGAACCCCCCCUUGUUGUGGCUGCGAGUUUGAUGAUGGCUCUUUGUAAAUAAACUCCUUGGAGAAGCAGGACUGGCUGAGAUGGGGAGAGAAUGUAUUUUUAUGCAACUAAUGAGUGGCCUUUCAAACCCUGAGAUGAUUUGUUUUACUGGUUGUUGUUAUAUAGUAUUAUAAGUAUUAUGUGUUUGAAAGUUUGGGAAUAAUAUUCACAUCUAUGAUGCUUGUAAACACAACAGUAUUUAUAAAUUAAUAAAACAAGAGUUGGUAAAAUAGAA